GGCGAGUGCUCCCAGAGGUGCUACAACAUCUUCGUUCUGGAGACGGUGUGCGUCGCCUGGUUCUCCCUGGAGUUCCUGCUGCGUUUCAUCCAGACUCAGAGCAAGUGGACGUUCCUUCGUACGCCUCUGAACCUCAUCGACGUGUUGGCCAUCCUCCCGUACUACAUCACUCUCAUCGUGGACUCUUUUUCUGUCGGCGGGAAACAAACAGGCUCCGGGAACAACUACCUGGAGAAAGUGGGGUUAGUUCUCCGAGUCCUGAGAGCUCUACGGAUCUUUUACGUGAUGCGUUUGGCUCGACACUCUUUAGGCCUGCAGACACUCGGGUUAACAGUGAGAAGAUGCACGCGAGAAUUCGGACUUUUGCUGCUUUUCCUUUGCGUAGCCAUGGCUCUUUUCUCCCCACUUGUGUUCCUAGCUGAGAGCGAGUUGGGCGCCAAGCAGGAGUUCACAAGUAUCCCCGGGAGUUACUGGUGGGCCGUGAUCUCCAUGACCACGGUAGGAUACGGAGACAUGGUGCCAAGAAGCAUCCCUGGACAAGUGGUGGCACUCAGCAGCAUUUUGAGUGGAAUCCUCCUCAUGGCUUUCCCCGUAACGUCCAUUUUUCACACCUUCUCACGCUCCUACAUAGAGCUUAAAGAAGAGCAAAAUCGCGCCUCGAGGCACAAGCCGGGUUCGCAGGAUAGCACCAAGUCUCAAAACAGUGAAGAUUCUCAAGAGACGGACAGUUAUCACGGGAUCACUGAGGCCUCGGCUACAUCCCUGCAGAGGAGGAAGUUCACAGCUGCACAAAGGGCUGCUGACAUUAGAGCGAUGAAAACUUAGCUGCUUUGUUUGUGUUUCACGUGGGACUCCAAAGUUGACAAGCUGCAGGAUUGUGGGAUUUUCCUUCUCGGGAGAUUGAGGUCCCGGCUUUGAUCGUGUGAAGCGCUUGUGCUCCAGGGUGUAUCUGAGUUUCUUAAGUUUUACUGAGGAGCUGCAGAGCAUAAAUUUGAACUUGAAAAGACUGCAAACAGUAUAACAUUCAUGAAUAAACAACCAGUCAAAUGAGAUCUCAAAAAAUGACAGUUCUGAUUGACUGUGAUUCACAUAAGUCUGCAAAAAAAAGGGAAAUCCAACACCAAAACAUCACACGUUGUUAUUCAGACCUCAAGACUAAUAAUUGAUGUUCCUCACGUAGCUGCUUAUGAGAAUAAAGGUGUUUGCUGAGACUUCAGACAUGUAGUUUCAUUAUUGAUGUGCCAUAUCAUCUGCAUUUACUCUGUAUUUGCUCAAUCUGGGGCUCUGUUAGAUAAGGUUUCACACACGUUCAUAAUGAUGUCAGCACUUUUAUUUGCAAUGAUACAAAUUAAUAUCCAGCAUGAUUACACAAGAGUCAUUUCUCUUUCAAAGGGCUAUGCAGUCAGUGUGGGACAUUUUGUUCACUGUGGAAUGACAAGAGGAUGUUUCUACACUUACCAACAUCAAGUUAUCUUACCAUGUGGGUAAAAGGCCAGUAGAACAAACAUUAAGAGGGUUGUGUGACUGGUUAAACAUCAUCAUUCAGGCACUAAAACCCACAGACCUUUUAAUGACUAAAACCAUUUCAGAUAAUUAAUAAUAAUGUUCCCAGUCUUACACGAUUUCCUCUAAUUGCUCAUACAGCACUUCAUUUCAUUUCACUUGAGUGCCUUGUACUGAAAAAAAACACACAACAUUCUGCAAAUUAUUGUAACUCAUCAAGUGCUCGAGAGUGCAAAUUAGAUAUUUUGAUAAGCAGGGGCAUGUUUAUUCUCACAACUCUGAAUUCACUGAAACAUUACAAAAGCAUGGAAAUAUUACACAGAACACUUAAAACAAAUAUACCCACUAUAUGCCAGUUUUUAAGAAGUGAGAAUAUUGUUUUGAUUAAGUGGAUGGUGAAAUAAGACAUCAUUUGAAUAAAAAAAGUGAAAUGGAUCUCUGCUUUGCGUCAUGAAUCGGUAUCCUCUUCUGAAAAAUGUUAUAAUGAUUAUAAUGAAAACAGUCUCCAAGUGGAGAGGCUUUGAUUUUACAAUUAAAUUAUACACAAGGACGCUCUCAAAUUUGCAAGAGUGCGUGCUGUGUUUCUGCAAUUAUGACAUCCUGAAUUGGUCCGUCUGCGGCUUGAGUCAUGUUUUCUUUUCCACAUCCGUUAUUAAUAAUGAAAGAAUGAUGUUUCCUGGAGUGGUGUUGGCACAAUGCGCUGUAAAUCUGAUCAAUACUGACAGCACUUUGAAAAAAUGAGCCUGUGGAAGAUGUAGCUCGAGCUCUUGGUCGUGUUGCUAACGGGAAUAAAAGACCCUGAACUAAAUUCACCUUAUGGCCGUGAUCUCAAGCAGGUUAUUUUAGACUACUCUUCUUCAAAGUAUGUUAUUAAAAGGCUUGUGAUUAAAUCAGAGAUAGAUUUUUAGAUUUUAAAGAUAAAAGACACCAUUUUGGUUCCAAGGAUGAAGGCCUUUACACAGCUAGCGUGUGACAUACAUGCUAACGUCACAAAGCAAAACAAUUCAUAUCAGCAGCAAAUUUACAACAGAGCUGCCUCAAUUUGCAUCCUAAAAUAUCAGCAAAAUAACGUUUUUACAAACAGUUUGAAUUGAUUAUUAACACAGGAAAAACACUAAUGGUGCGAGCUAUAAAGGCCUUUAGCAUUAGCGUAUUAGCUAACAGUUGCUAAUGCACACAUCAAGGCAGACACAGAGCAUUAUUAGCAUUUAUUUGGAGUGUCCUUAUGAAAGUUAGUCCAAUAUUUACUUCCAUUUUCACCGUGGUUUGUGGUUGCCAGCUCCUGAAAAUUAUCUGGAUAUUUAGCUGCUAAAUGCUGCAACGUGUUCACCAGCUAAAUAACUGCUAAAUUAGCUAGCAUAGCUUCGGAUCUUCUCCAUUUACUGAAAGGAAAUCAAUGGGGCCGUAUUAAGAAGACUCAUUACAGUAUUUUUACAGUAGAGUUAAUAAGAUGAAAGCCCUUCCAAAACAACUAAAACAUUUAAAGAAAGGUUAUUUUGUUUAUCUACUA